GUCGUGGCAACAGCAGACAACUAUCCAUUUAUCUUCUGUCUUCGUUUCCUCGUCGACAGAGAAGGGUGCGCCGAAGUCUGAAAACAUGUUUUGUGAAUAGCUACUGAACCUUUUUUCCAACAAAUGAUGCAUUUUAUAAUUUAACAACAGUGUGAUAGCAAUUUUUAUUCGAUUUUUACUUAUAUCAUGAAUGUAUUUUUAUAAUUUCGUAGUGUAGAACGGACUAGUGAUAGGUAACAGUGUUAUUUUGAUUGUAAAGUGAGUGAACUUAAUCAAAAUGGCGCAUCAAAUGCCCCCGUCGGUGAACUGUUCCUUGGAUGAUAUCGACUUGACAGCCCUAAAGGAUCCAGCAGGGAUUUUCGAAUUAAUCGAAGUCGUUGGAAAUGGAACUUAUGGACAAGUUUAUAAGGGCCGACACACAAAAACCGGCCAACUGGCCGCCAUAAAAGUAAUGGACGUCACAGAAGACGAAGAAGAAGAAAUAAAACUGGAGAUAAACGUACUGAAGAAGUAUUCCAAUCACCGAAACAUCGCCACUUAUUACGGGGCCUUUAUAAAAAAAUCACCCCCGGGUAAAGACGACCAAUUGUGGUUGGUUAUGGAAUACUGCGGGGCGGGGUCCGUAACGGAUCUUGUCAAGUCCACUAAAGGACAAUCGUUAAAAGAGGAGUGGAUAGCUUACAUUUGUCGGGAGAUACUCAGGGGAUUGUCCUAUUUGCAUACCAAUAAGGUCAUACACAGGGAUAUUAAGGGACAGAAUGUUUUGUUAACUGAUAAUGCCGAAGUUAAAUUAGUGGAUUUCGGCGUUUCCGCUCAACUCGAUCGUACGAUAGGCCGUCGCAACACCUUCAUCGGUACGCCAUAUUGGAUGGCGCCGGAAGUUAUAGCUUGCGACGAAAAUCCAGACGCCACUUACGACAAUCGUAGCGAUCUUUGGUCUCUCGGCAUCACCGCAUUGGAAAUGGCCGAAUCCCAACCGCCCUUAUGCGAGUUACACCCGAUGAGGGCGCUGUUUCUAAUACCCCGAAAUCCCCCACCUCGAUUGAAGAGCAAAAAAUGGAACAAAAAGUUCCACAGUUUCAUCGAAACGGUUCUAGUGAAAGAUUACCACGAAAGGCCUUACACGGAGCAGUUGCUCAAACACGCGUUCAUCAGGGACCAACCGACCGAGCGACAGGUGCGAAUCCAAUUGAAAGAUCACAUCGACAGGUGCAAAAAGCGGAAACAGGAAAAAGAGAGAGAAGAUUACAGAUAUUCGGGCUCGGAAAACGAAGAAGAGGAACCGCAAACGGCCGGCGAACCGAGCAGCAUCAUACAAGCACCCGGCGGCGAUACUCUACGAAGGAAUUUCCAGCAGAUUCAGGAAGGGCGCACCCUCAGUCAAGUCGAACCGCCGCCGAGAAGCGGCAAAAAUAAAGAUAGAGAAGAAAUACCGGAACCCGGACCUCCGGCUAGACCGCCCAUACCUCAGAGGAUGAUCGUAGUUCCGGAUCCGGCGCCGCCUAGAAGACCGUUGCCGCCGCCGCCGGAUAAUAAUUUCGGAGCCGCCAAAUCGCAAAAUCAACAGCAGCAGAGGAAUUCGCAACAUCAGUUCAAACCUAUGGGUCCCGCACGUAAACCCGAGGAAUUGGACGCGCUCGCUGCGCAUCUGAACGAAUUGGGCGUUCAACAACCCGAAGCGCCACCUCGCAACCGAAAUUACAAACAGUCCCAAUCGGCGUCUAACAACAACGUCGUCACAACGCCCGGUUCCGGCGCGAAUCACACGCCUACCAACCAAGCGGGCGGAAACAACGUUGACAGUUUGGUUGACAGCGAAACCGAUUCGGAACCGGAAGACAACAACGGGAGAGUCAGAAACGAUGGAACGUUGUUGGCCAGCGAUCCCCCCAAACCGCUAGCUGGUUUGGGAGCGGUUCCGGAGGGGGGCGCUAGUGUUUCGAGUCCGGGAGCUACGGCGGGUUCCGGGUCGAGUUCUUCUAGUGCCCCAAAUAGGCCUUUACCCCCAACGCCUGAUGACGAAGAGUCUCAAGGUGAUAGGACGCUUGUACUGCGGAAGCAGUCCGCAGCUAAUUUAGACGACGCUAAGAAAAAAGUCGAAGACAUCGACGAAGCCACCCUUCUGAAAGAUUGGGAUUUCGAUAAAUUUUUCCCCCUAAAAACAACCAACAACCCCAAUACCCAAUCGUCGUCGUCUUCUUCUUCUUCCGCCGGUUCCGGAAAUAAGAAAGACGAAAAAACGAAUAAACAAGGACACAGAAGAAUGGAGAGCGAUUCGAAAAUAUCGAAUCCCUUCCUGAGGGGUUUCCGGAGGGAGAAUUCCGAUUUUUUCCCCAUGAGUUCCCGACAUUCCGCCAUUUACAUCGACAAAAGCGGCCGCUCGAGCGGCAUUUUCAAUAACCGGCGGGGCUCCGACGUCGGUAUGCCGAAAAAGACGAGCGGCGAACCGGUUCUGAUGGAUUACGUCAAAAAAACCGAUUCGGCCCCCAAAAACAUUCUGACGAAUUUCGUUAGACCUAGAAGGGAAAAAACGGAAUCCGAUCUGGUUCUGAGGCAUUCGGAGGCUCGGAGGAGCAUCAGGGAGACUCUGGAGGCUCGCAGGAAGGAAGUUGAGGCUCAAUUCGCUAAAGAGGCCGAAAAUAUGCGGAGGCGUAGCUCGAAACCGAUCGAAAUGAACGUUCUCGACGUUUCGAAUAUUUCUAAUUCGUCUUCAACUUCGAAUUCGACUGUCGGAGAUGAAUUUUCUUUUAUUAAGAAUGGGAGAAGUAACGAUCAUCCUAGACAGAGUGCUCUACCCGAUCUACUUAAUCCUGCCAGCGGUAGUCCUGGGACUCCUUCUGCGAGGGAUAAAUCCACCAAUGAGGAGUUUUUAAUAACGCCCCCGUCUUGUAACAACAAAACACCCGUUCAACACAGCCACCUACACGCUAACGCUCUUGCCUUACAACAGAAACAACGCUCCUUCUUGGCCUUCGGUUUCGGAGCCAGUUCAGCGCCGUCGAGACGAGAAUCGCACGUCAACGUUAACGUAACGCCGACGUCGCACGAUAUAUCGUCAGAUACACCAGAAAUUAGGAAAUACAAAAAGAGAUUCAAUAGUGAAAUUUUGUGCGCAGCUCUAUGGGGGGUGAAUCUCCUCAUAGGCACCGAACACGGACUGAUGUUAUUAGAUAGAAGCGGACAGGGGAAAGUGUAUCAAUUAAUAUCCAGACGGAGAUUCCAACAGAUGGAGGUCCUCGAAGGACAAAACAUCCUCGUGACCAUAUCAGGGAAGAAGAAUAGGGUUAGAGUUUAUUAUUUGAGUUGGUUGAAGAGUAAAAUAUUACGAACUGACGGUGUUAGUGAUCAAGUGGAAAGGCGGAAUGGUUGGAUCAACGUGGGGGAUCUCCAAGGAGCCGUCCAUUUCAAAAUAGUCAAAUACGAACGUAUAAAGUUCCUCGUUAUCGCUUUGAAGGAUAGUAUCGAAAUUUACGCUUGGGCGCCGAAACCUUAUCACAAAUUCAUGGCUUUCAAGUCGUUCUGCGAUUUGCAGUACCGACCUUUACUCGUCGACCUUACCGUCGAAGAAGGUACUCGUUUAAAGGUCAUAUACGGCAGCAGUGAUGGUUUCCACGCCGUUGAUUUAGACUCCGCCAGCGUUUACGACAUUUACUUACCUAAAAUAGCCCAAAACGGAAUUAGUCCACACUGUAUAGUUACUCUACCUAACAGCAACGGUAUGCAGCUUUUACUGUGCUACGACAACGAGGGCGUAUACGUCAACACCUACGGUCGAAUAUCAAAAAACAUGCUACUCCAGUGGGGCGAGAUGCCGACUUCGGUCGCCUACAUAGGCACCGGUCAAAUAAUGGGCUGGGGUAACAAGGCCAUCGAAAUCCGCUCGGUGGAGUCCGGACAUUUAGACGGUGUAUUUAUGCAUAAAAAAUCGCAGCGGUUAAAAUUUUUGUGCGAAAGAAACGAUAAGGUGUUUUUUUCUAGUGCGAAGAGCGGUUCCUCGUGUCAAAUUUAUUUUAUGACCCUCAACAAACCCGGAAUGGCCAAUUGGUAACGCGCCAUCGGGGCAAUCCGGCAACGUCGACGCAGUUGGAGAGGAAAUUGUGUCGCGGCGUUCGUCGGGUCACUCGGUAUGCGAGCGAUCGCUGGAAAAGUGAUUUUUUUUUUCUUUUCUUUUUCGGAAAAAUUGGUAUGAUUGUAAAACGUGGGAAAUUUUUUUUAUAUAUACAUUUUUAAACGGUGCGUGUUUUUCACUUUUUUUUUCGGGUAUUUUGGUCAAUUUUUUUCAGUACGGUCCUAGUAACUUACUUUUUUCCGUAGGUUAUAGGUUCGUGACUAUUUUUUUCCUUUUUACGAAUUUUUCUCAUUACGUCCCUGUCGUUUUUAUAGGAUCCCCUUUUUCCUUAUCGUGACGUCAUAUUUUCGUUAAAAAAAUUAUCGAAAUGACAAUUUUUCUCCACGAAUUUCGUUUUCUUUAAUUACGAUUUUUUAUAAAAUUUUUGAGUACGUUCUUUUUUCGAUUUUCUCAAAUUUUCGCCAAAAUCUAUGAAAAACAAUUUUUUCACGUAGAAUUUUUCUCAUUACGUCCCUGUCGUUUUUAUAGGAUCCCCUUUUUCCUUAUCGUGACGUCAUAUUUUCGUUAAAAAAAUUAUCGAAAUGAAAAUUUUUCUCCACGAAUUUCGUUUUCUUUAACUACGAUUUUUUAUAAAAUUUUUGAGUACGUUCUUUUUUCGAUUUUCUCAAAUUUUUGCCAAAAUCUAUGAAAAACAAUUUUUUCACGUAGAAUUUUUCUCAUUACGUCCCUGUCGUUUUUAUAGGAUCCCCUUUUCCUUAUCGUGACGUCAUAUUUUCGUUAAAAAAAUUAUCGAAAUGAAAAUUUUUCUCCACGAAUUUCGUUUUCUUUAACUACGAUUUUUUAUAAAAUUUUUGAGUACGUUCUUUUUUCGAUUUUCUCAAAUUUUUGCCAAAAUCUAUGAAAAACAAUUUUUUCACGUAGAAUUUUUCUCAUUACGUCCCUGUCGUUUUUAUAGGAUCCCCUUUUCCUUAUCGUGACGUCAUAUUUUCGUUAAAAAAAUUAUCGAAAUGAAAAUUUUUCUCCACGAAUUUCGUUUUCUUUAACUACGAUUUUUUAUAAAAUUUUUGAGUACGUUCUUUUUUCGAUUUUCUCAAAUUUUUGCCAAAAUCUAUGAAAAACAAUUUUUUCACGUAGAAUUUUUCUCAUUACGUCCCUGUUGUUUUUAUAGGAUCCCCUUUUUCCUUAUCGUGACGUCAUAUUUUCGUUAAAAAAAUUAUCGAAAUGAAAAUUUUUCUCCACGAAUUUCGUUGUUUAAACAACUACGAUUUUUUAUAAAAUUUUUGAGUACGUUCUUUUUUCGAUUUUCUCAAAUUUUCGCCAAAAUCUAUGAAAAACAAUUUUUUCACGUAGAAUUUUUCUCAUUACGUCCCUGUCGUUUUUAUAGGAUCCCCUUUUCCUUAUCGUGACGUCAUAUUUUCGUUAAAAAAAUUAUCGAAAUGAAAAUUUUUCUCCACGAAUUUCGUUUUCUUUAACUACGAUUUUUUAUAAAAUUUUUGAGUACGUUCUUUUUUCGAUUUUCUCAAAUUUUCGCCAAAAUCUAUGAAAAACAAUUUUUUCACGUAGAAUUUUUUUCAUUUUUUUUUAUUUCUAUUACUACCUUUUUUCUCAAAAAUUUUAUCACUCGAAUUUUUUUCAUUACGUCCCUGUCGUUUCAGAUCCUCUUUCCCCUAGUAUGACGUCACAUAUUGUUAUCAAUUAUCAAUUGAAAAAAGUUCAGAAAUUUCAAGGAAUAUCUAAGUUCGAUCCUAUUCGUCCAAUUUUCUCAAAUCAUUGCCAAAAUCUAUAAAAAAAAUAUUUUUUACGUCAGUUUCAUUUUUUUGUGAUUUUUACCCCCCAAUUUCAUUAAUAUUUCUUUUUCUUUUAUUUUUCCAUAUUUCUUACAAUUCGCAACAUUUAUGAAAAACAAUUUCGGUAUUUAAUUAUUUCAAAUUCAUAAUAAUCACCUACCCAUUUUCCAACGUUGCCACUGGUGCUAUUUUUUCUUCGAAAUCGAGAUAAUUUUGAAAUUCUAAGGAAAAAAAGUGAAAAUCGCGACCGCAGCUUGGAUACGUUGGGUGCCAACAAGUUUUGAAAAAAAAAAUGCUCACCGAGGUGUAGAUAAGUCAAAAUAAAAUUAGCAUAAUUAAUUGUUAGUUAACUUUUGUAAGUAGUUAUUUUUUAAAAAUACGAAAUGAACCGUUGCCACGUUUAAAAAAAAACAGCAGAUAUACAAAUUUUUUAAUGAUCGAUUUAUUGAUGAAAAUUUUGUUUUUGUCGAUUUCUUCUUCGUUUUUAUCGCAAUUUUCGAGUUUUUGUCAGUAUUUAUUUUGUAUUUUUAAAAUGGCUACUAUUUUGUAAAUAAAUAUAUAUAUAAAUCUACGUAAAAUUUAAAAAAAUAAACCUUUUAAUAACAAUUUUUAUUGCAAUAUAGUGUUGUAGCACUGUACCCUGGUGAAAUUAGACAAAAUUAGGGUAAUUUGAGGUAACCAUUUUUAUACUAGUCCCAAAAACGGAAAUUGUGUUUUGUAAUAAUAAAAAAAAGUGCAAAAAUUCUUUCCAAAAAAAAAAAAUUAUCGUUGGAUUUUGGAAGUUAAUGUCGAUAUACUUUCAACCCCCCCCCUCCUCAAUUUUUUUUCCAUUUCUAUCAAAAAUAUUUAAACAUAAUAUCGUAUUACCCCGUAUAUUCAAAAUUUAUGUUCAAAUGUGGCAAAAUUCCGUUGAGCACAUUGUAUAUUCGAUUCGAUUUUUUUUCAUGUGUAUGUUAAUUAAAAUAAUUAAAUUAAUUUUUUUUUCUAAAAAAGUAUUUCGAAAGUAUUCAUCAAAAAAAAUUGCGAUUAUAAUUUUGAAAUUUUCGAUAUUAUUUUGAAAUUAUAUUGUAUCACCCUAUAUAUUCAAUUUUCAGUAGAGACUAUAUCCAAAUUAUGAAUUUUUAUUUAACCACCUUGUAUAUUAGAGUUAUUUAAUUGAUGUUUUAAUUAAGAAAAUUAUACAAGGUAGGUCAAAACUAAUAGACAAAAUAGAAAAAUGCAAAAACUUUUUUGUAAAAUUAUUUUGAAAAUAUUCGUGACUGAAUUUCACUUUUUAGCAAUAAAAUUUAAUGAGAAAUUGAAAAUUGCUAUUUUCAAAUUCCUGUUUGCGAAUUUUUGACACUUUUUAUUUAUUUUUUUGUUACUUUUUUAGCAAAUAUUGCGAAAGUUAUAUUGAAUCACCCUGUAAGCUCAUUUUUUGGCAUAAACUAUACACAAACUACGAAUUCUCAUUUAUCUACCUUUUAUAUAUUUUUUUUCCAAAAAGUGAUGAAAUUCCACCAAAACAAGUUUCACAAAAUUGAAUUUCUAAUAUCACUCUGUAUAAUAAUUUUUCUUUUAUUCAUAUGACGUUUUAUUUUGAUAAAAUUUAAUAUUUGGUGGAAUUUGAAUAUUUAAAAAAUAUUCAACUGGAAAUUAACUUUUUUAUUUUGAAUUGAAAAAAAUAAUUUUUUUAGGUAUAAUUCCACAAAAAAUUACUAUUGACUAAAUUUUUUCUAUAAAAUAUUUUGGUGUUUCCCUAAAUAUUCCACCAAAAAAAAAUUUACAAAACGAGUUCGUUUUUAUGAAAAAAAUUAAUAUUUGGUGGAAUGAAAACAUUGUGAUCACGAAUUUUUAUAGAGAAAAAAUAUUCCAUCAAAACAAACAAUUUCCAAUAGCAAGUUGUUUAUUUGAUGAAUUUUUUUCUUAAAAUUUAAUAUUUGGUGGAAUUGGUUACGAAAUUUUUCAAAUAUUUUGGAUUUUCCCUAAAUAUUCCACCAAAAUAAAAGUUUUACAUUAAUGACCUCGUUUAUAUGAUAAAAUUUGAUAUUUGGUGGAAUUGAAGAUUUAGAAAUCAGCAUUUGAAUAAAAAAAAUUUUUUUCUUGUUUUCAAAAUGUUCUUAAAUCCAAAUUUGAAAUAUGAGUAGUAAUGAAUUGAAAUUAUUUUCGAAAUAAUUUUACAAAAAAAAAUUGUUUUUCGUAAUAUUUUCAAUUAAAACAUUUCUGAGAUUCCAUAAAUAUUCCACCAACGUUUUCGUUUAUAUGAAAAAAUUUAAUAUCCCGUGGAAUUAUUUGUUAGGAAAAAAAAAAGAUUUCGUUUUUCCAAAAUUUUCAUUUUCACAUUAAAAUAUUUUGGGGAUUUUCCUUAAAUAUUCCACCAAAAUAAAAGUUUUACAUUAAUGACCUCGUUUAUAUGAUAAAAUUUGAUAUUUGGUGGAAUUGAAGAUUUAGAAAUCAGCAUUUGAAUAAAAAAAAUUUUUUUCUUGUUUUCAAAAUGUUCUUAAAUCCAAAUUUGAAAUAUGAGUAGUAAUGAAUUGAAAUUAUUUUCGCAAUAAUUUUACAAAAAAAAAUUGUUUUUCGUAAUAUUUUCAAUUAAAACAUUUCUGAGAUUCCAUAAAUAUUCCACCAACGUUUUCGUUUAUAUGAAAAAAUUUAAUAUCCCGUGGAAUUAUUUGUUAGGAAAAAAAAAAAGAUUUCGUUUUUCCAAAAUUUUCAUUUUCACAUUAAAAUAUUUUGGGGAUUUUCCUUAAAUAUUCCACCAAAAUAAAAGUUUCACUUAAACUCGUUUAUAUGAUAAAAUUUAAUAUUUGGUGGAAUUGAAGACUUCAAACAUUUCAGAGUGUUCCUAAAUAUUCCACCAAAACAAAUAAUUUUAAAUAAAAAGUUUAUUUGAUGAAUUUUUUUGUUAAAAUUUAAUUUUUGAUGGAAUUGGUUACAAAUUUUUAUUUCUAAAUUUUUGUACGUCCGAAAUUGAAAUUUGUAGUGAUAAAUGAGUUUUCAUUAUUUUACAAAAAAAAAUGAUUAUAGUCAUUUUUCCAAUCAAACAUUCGGGAGUUUCCCUAAAUAUUCCACCAAAUUUGAUAUUUGAUGGAAUUGAAGAUUUAGAGAUCAGCAUUUGAAUAAAAAAAAAUUUUUCUUGUUUUCAAAAUAUUGAAUCCAAAUUUGAAAUAUAAAUAGUAAUGAAUUGAAAUUAUUUUCGAAAUAAUUUUACAAAAAAAAAUUGUUUUUCGUCAUAUUUUCAAUUAAAACAUUUCUGAGAUUCCAUAAAUAUUCCACCAACGUUUUCGUUUAUAUGAAAAAAUUUAAUAUCCCGUGGAAUUAUUUGUUAGGAAAAAAAAGAUUUCGUUUUUCCAAAAUUUUCAUUUUCACAUUAAAAUAUUUUGGGGAUUUUCCUUAAAUAUUCCACCAAAAUAAAAGUUUCACUUAAACUCGUUUAUAUGAUAAAAUUUAAUAUUUGGUGGAAUUGAAGACUUCAAACAUUUCAGAGUGUUCCUAAAUAUUCCACCAAAACAAAUAAUUUUAAAUAAAAAGUUUAUUUGAUGAAUUUUUUUGUUAAAAUUUAAUUUUUGAUGGAAUUGGUUACAAAUUUUUAUUUCUAAAUUUUUGUACGUCCGAAAUUGAAAUUUGUAGUGAUAAAUGAGUUUUCAUUAUUUUACAAAAAAAAAUGAUUAUAGUCAUUUUUCCAAUCAAACAUUCGGGAGUUUCCCUAAAUAUUCCACCAAAUUUGAUAUUUGAUGGAAUUGAAGAUUUAGAGAUCAGCAUUUGAAUAAAAAAAAAUUUUUCUUGUUUUCAAAAUAUUGAAUCCAAAUUUGAAAUAUAAAUAGUAAUGAAUUGAAAUUAUUUUCGAAAUAAUUUUACAAAAAAAAAUUGUUUUUCGUCAUAUUUUCAAUUAAAACAUUUCUGAGAUUCCAUAAAUAUUCCACCAACGUUUUCGUUUAUAUGAAAAAAUUUAAUAUCCCAUGGAAUUAUUUGUUAGGAAAAAAAAUGAUUUCGUUUCUCCAAAAUCUUCAUUUUCACAUUAAAAUUUUUUGGGGAUUUACCCUAAAUAUUCCACCAAAAUAAAAGUUUCACUUAAAUAAACUCGUUUAUAUGAUAAAAUUUAAUAUUUGGUGGAAUUGAAGACUUCAAACAUUUCAGAGUGUUCCUAAAUAUUCCACCAAAACAAAUAAUUUUAAAUAAAAAGUUUUAUUUGAUGAAUUUUUUUGUUAAAAUUUGAUAUUUGGUGGAAUUGAAGAUUUAGAGAUCAGCAUUUGAAUAAAAAAAAAUUUUUCUUGUCAAAAUAUUCUUAAAUCCAAAUUUGAAAUAUGAGUAAUAAUGAAUUGAAAUUGUUUUCGCAAUUUUACAAAAAAAAAUUUUUCGUAAUAUUUUCAAUUAAAACAUUUCUGAGAUUCCUUAAAUAUUCCACCAACGUUUUUAUUUAUAUGAAAAAAUUUAACAUCCCGUGGAAUUAUUUGUUAAAAAAAAAAUGAUUUCGUUUCUCCAAAAUCUUCAUUUUCACAUUAAAAUUUUUUGGGGAUUUACCCUAAAUAUUCCACCAAAAUAAAAGUUUCACUUCAAUAAACUCGUUUAUAUGAUAAAAUUUAAUAUUUGGUGGAAUUGAAGACUUCAAACAUUUCAGAGUGUUCCUAAAUAUUCCACCAAAACAAACAUUUAACAUUAACAGUGGAUUUAAAGAUUUAUUCUCCCAAAUAUCACGUUAAAUAACUGAACAAAAAUAAAAAAAAAACAA